GCGCGAUUCGCUGGUCGCGUGCAAAUGGCUUCCUCGUGCGCGGCAAUGGCCUCCCGGUCCGGCCGGUCAUUGUGCUCUGCCUACCGGACAAUUUGCUACAAAACAUCACAACAAUCAAUUGCCUCUGUUGCGCCAUCCUUCGCACAUCCUCGCCGCGCCGCCGUUACCCCCUUUGUAUCACCAGCACAAGCACAGCGCUCAUUCUGUAGCGGCCCAGCAGGAACAAAGCUUCACCAGCGACGUCGUUUUGUCCCGCAGCGCAUCACCUCCGCCACACAAGUCAGACGCUGCUCUCACCGACGACACAACAUGUGCGGCUCUCUCGACGGUGCCAGUGGCUCGACCACUGUCCAUGCGCGCGAUCUGCUCCCGACAAACGUUGUCCCUCGCCACUACGAUCUCACCAUCGAGCCCGAUGCGCAAAAGUUCACCUUUGACGGCACCGUCACCAUCGACGUCGACGUUGCCGAGACCUCGAGCUCCAUCACCCUCCAUACCCUUGAUCUGAAGCUGCACACUGUCAAGAUCUCCUCCAACGGUCAGGUUGUCACCGAAUCUCCCAGAAUCAGCGAGAAUGCCGAGAGCCAGACGACAACCUUUGACUUUGACGGCUCCCUUCCCCAGGGCUCCAAGGCUACUCUUGAGAUCGCCUUUACUGGUGAGAUCAACAAGAUUAUGGCUGGUUUCUCCCGAUCUUUCUACAAGAAGCCCGACGGCACAGAGAGCAUGAUUGCCAGCACCCAGAUGGAGCCCACCGAUGCCCGCAGAUGUCUUCCCUGUUUCGACGAGCCUGCUCUCAAGGCUCAGUUUACCGUCACCUUGAUUGUCGACAAGCACCUGACAGCUCUCAGCAACAUGGACGUGGCCAAGGAGACGGAAAAGGGCGACAAGAAGGUUCUUACCUUCAACAAGACGCCCCUCAUGUCCACCUACCUGCUGGCUUGGGUCAUUGGCGAGUUCAACUACAUUGAGGACACUACCGGCCGCACCCCCAACCGCGUUUACCUCCCCAUUGGCUACGACAUGGAGCAUGGUCGCUUCGCGCUUGAGCUUGCCACCAAGACUCUUCCCUUCUACGAGAAGCUGUUUGGUGUCGACUUCCCUCUCCCCAAGAUGGACCAGGUUGCCAUUCCCGAGUUUGCCGCUGGUGCCAUGGAGAACUGGGGCUUGGUCACCUACCGUAUCAAUGAUUUGGUCAUUGAUGAGAAGACUAGCGCCGCCUCGCACAAGCUCCGCGUCGCCGAAGUUGUCCAGCACGAGCUUGCUCACCAGUGGUUCGGUAACCUGGUCACCAUGGACUGGUGGGAGGGUCUCUGGCUCAACGAGGGCUUCGCCACCUGGGUUUCUUGGUACUCUUGCAACAACUUCUUCCCCGAGUGGAAGGUGUGGGAAGGCUACGUCACCGACACUCUCCAGAGUGCGCUGAGCCUCGACUCUCUGCGCAGCAGCCAUCCCAUUGAGGUCCCCAUCAAGAAGUCCGAGGAGGUCAACGAAAUUUUUGACAACAUUUCCUACGCCAAGGGCUCCUGUGUCCUCCGCAUGCUUUCCACCUACCUUGGCGAAGACAAGUUCCUCGAGGGCGUCCGUCACUACGUCAAGAGACACGCCUACCAAAACACCGAUACUACCGACUUGUGGGCCGCUCUUAGCGAAGUCAGCGGCAAGCCCGUUUCCGAGAUUAUGCAGACCUGGACCAAGAAGAUGGGCUACCCUGUCAUCAGUGUCACCGAGUCCGGCAACAACAUGACGGUCAAGCAAAACAGAUACUUGCGCACCGGUGAUGUCAAGCCCGAGGAGGACGAUGUUCUCUUCCCCGUCUUCCUCGGCAUUCGCACUACCGACGGCAUCGACGGCGAAGUUGCGCUCCAGGAGCGUGAAAAGACUCUCCCCAUCCCCAGCGACGACUUUUUCAAGCUCAACGCCAACCAGACUGGUCUUUACCUGACUUGCUACCAGUCGGACCGCCUCGAGAAGCUGGGCAAGGCCGCCAAGGAUGGCCUCCUUUCAGUCGAGGACCGCGCUGGCCUCAUUGCCGACGCCAGUUCGCUGUCCACCUCGGGCUACCAGCCCACGUCUGGCUUCCUCAACUUGCUCAAGAACUUUGACCAAGAGUCAGAGCAAGUUGUCUGGGGCUCGCUUGUCCAUCGCAUCGCCAGCGUCCGUUCUGCCUGGAUCCACGAGGACCCCGCCAUCAAGGCUGGCCUCGACGCUUUCCAGAAGCAGCUUGUUGCUCCCCGCGCGCACCAGAUUGGCUGGGAGUUCACUAGCAGCGACGACCAGAAGAUGCAGCAGUACAAGUCUCUCAUGUUCUCGGCCGCCGGCGCUGUUGGCGACGAGCAAGUUAUCGCUGCUGUCAAGGACCUCUUCUCUCGCUACGCUGCUGGCGACGCGUCUGCCCUCCACGCCAACAUCCGUGGUGCCGUCUUCUCGCUGGCUCUCAAGCACGGUGGCGAGACGGAAUACAACCAGUUGCGCGAAAUCUAUGCCAAAACGAAGAACGAGGACGAAGCCAACGACGCCCUCAAGGCCUUUGGUCGCGCCAACCAGCCCGAGCUGCUGAAGCGAACGCUGGCAAUGAUCUUCACUGACGAGGUGAAGAACUCGGAGAUUCAUAACCUCCUCCUUGGUUUCCGCGCCUCGAGAGAAGGAAUCGAGAUGAUGCAGGACUACCUGUUCACCAACUGGGAAACCAUGAUCAAGGAGCUGCCCCCUACCCUCAGCACCUUGCCCCGUGUCCUCACCUAUCUCGUGUCUGCUGUCAACGCUGAUGGCCUUGCUAAAGUCAACGACUUCUUCAAGGAUAAGGAUCUUACCGGUUUCGAUAAGACUCUUGAGCAGACUUUGGAGGCGGUGCGCUCGCGCCUGGCCUGGGUGAACCGCGACAGAGAGGAUGUUGCUGCAUGGGUCAAGGAGAACAAGUACUUGUAAGGCAUUUUCACUUUUUGCAAGGCUUGAAGAAAAAGUUAUUUAGAACAUAGUUUAAUUGGUAUUAUUUCUGGCAUAUAUUUGGUAAUAAACAAAAGACAUUUUAUAG